UAGUUUAUAGUUUAGUCUUUCUAUAGUUGUACGAUCACGUUCUCGAUACGUUUCUUAAAAUAUAACAAAUGCAGCCUUCAGCUGUUGGAACUCUUUCUAAAUGAGCAUGUUGGAUUACAGGGAGGAUGGUAUGGAUUUAGGAAGCGAUGCCUGCAGUCGUUCCAGCUCUGAAUCCAAUUCUAACAAAGUGACACCAUGUUCGGAGUACAAAUCCUCUCCCAGCUUGGAUCUGGCUACCUUGGAAGAUUAUGAAGAGGACGAGGACUAUCAGGAGUACAAGAAGAAGGUGACUGAGGAGUGGGAAAGUGAAUACGGGGACUACCCCGAGAAUGAGGGCUACCCCAAAACCAUGAAUAGCAGGAGUUUAGCAGAAGAAUUCCAAGAUAUCAAAAACCCCACCCCACCGCCUCCCUGUGACACUGCCCCCGAGGAACUGAAGCAAAAUGGCAACGUUAUUCCAAGCCACGCAGGGCCAAAAGCAAACAAAACAUCUCGAAAGCCCCAGCAGGCCUUGAGUGUAACGGGCAGUGGCGGGGGAGUCAUAUCCAGGAGGCAGCUCGAGAGCUCAGGGACUUGCGCCACAGAGGAGCAGCAGCUGCCUACCAUGGACUGGGAGGCCCUGGAGAAACAUCUUGCUGGAUUACAGUUUCGAGAACAGGAGGUGCGUAACCAAAACCAGAGCCAUGGAAAACCCAACUACACCUCAGCCCAAAAGAAUGAAAGAGAAUCAAUCCGGCAGAAGCUGGCACUGGGCAGUUUCUUUGAUGAUGGCCCAGGGAUUUAUACCAGCUGCAGCAAGAGUGGGAAGCCAAGUCUGUCUUCACGUCUUCAAAGUGGGAUGAAUCUGCAGAUCUGCUUCGUGAAUGACAGCGGCAGCGACAAAGACAGCGAUGCCGAUGACAGCAAGACUGAAACCAGCCUGGAUACCCCACUCUCCCCAAUGAGCAAGCAGAGCUUGUCCUACUCUGACCGUGACACUACUGAAGAGGACUCAGAGUCCUUGGAGGACAUGGACUUCCACACCCGGCAGAAGAAGCUACAGGCUGAGGCUAAGAUGGCACUUGCCAUGGCCAAGCCCAUGGCUAAAAUGCAGGUGGAGGUAGAGAAGCAGAACAGAAAGAAGUCACCAGUAGCAGACCUUCUGCCUCACAUGCCUCAUAUAAGUGAAUGCUUAAUGAAGAGAAGCUUGAAACCCAUAGACCUGAGGGACAUGACGAUUGGUCAGCUGCAAGUUAUAGUUAACGACCUCCACUCCCAGAUUGAAAGUUUGAAUGAAGAGUUGGUGCAGAUGCUUCUUAUCAGGGAUGAGUUGCACAUGGAGCAGGAUGCCAUGCUAGUGGAUAUUGAAGAUCUGACUAGGCAUGCUGAAAGUCAGCAGAAGUACAUGACAGAGAAACCCCCAUCCAAGUGAAAAAGUUUAUGGGAAUGAAGAACAAGGCUAGAUUUUAAUUUGCUUCUGUGGUUGUAAAAAUGCUGAUGCUUAAGAUGGUGCUCUUCAAGAGAAAAAAAAAAAGUCAGUGUUAUCAUCAAAACUGUCUGAAGCUUUCUGUGCAGUGAUUGGCCUUGCGUCUUCAUACUUUGUUUUAACUUUAUACAUUUGCCACUAAAUAAUAUUGGAUAAUAUUGGGCAUU